UGAAGAGGCAAGCAGGCUGGCUUAGUGGGGAGGACAAAUAGGGAGAAGCUAAGUCAACCUUUCUGAGGGCCUCCUCUGAGCCUGUUUCUUGCAGGGCCCCUCCCCUCCCUGGGGUGGCAGGCCGCUGGAGAGCAUGCUCGUUAGAGGUCCUGCUGAGACUGACCAUCAGGCUACCCCAAGGCCGCCCCACCCAUGACUAUACCUGGUGUAGUAAUGCCAACUUCAGGGUUUCCAGGGUCCUGACUGCCUCUCCAUUUCCAUCACAGCCACCUGCGGGUUCAAACCCGAGACGGGACGGAUAGGGGAGGGAGAGGGCUGCCGGGGCGGGGGGAGAGGGGGGAGGCGCGAGAGAGAGCGAUUGGAAGAGAGAGAGCUGGAGAAGAGGAGGAGGAGAAGGCAGGCAGAGGACCAACCUCAGGCAUCGCCCGUGCAGCCCGCCGGCGCUACCUCGCCGGCUUUCGCACAUUCAUUCUCUCAUACACUGACACACGCGCUCACACUCGGCGAUUGUCCUACUACCCCCGCCCCCAGCCCCCAGGCCGGGUGAUUCGGCGGCUCCCCCCACAUCUCCUCCCCCGCUGGGGAGCAUCGCAGGGAGCCCCGGGCUAGCUGCAUGGAGCUGGCUGAGGGGCGCAGAGAGGCGGCGGCAGCGGCGGUGGUUGGGGCAUGGCUCAGACUGCCCGGCUGAGAGCUCCCGGAAGGCGGCGGCGGCGACGGCGGCGCUGACUGAGGUGGGGGACAGAGUGGGGGGAGCUGCAGUACCCCCAAGGCGGUGGCGGCCGGUCCCCCCAGCCCGGUCCCGAGGGCAGUAACCAUGGGGUCAGUUGGGGGAGAACACUUCAAGGAGCUCAGUCCAGUAGUGACACCAGAGGGAAAUGUGGUGAUGAGCUUCAGUUUUGACAGCUACCAGUUGGAAGAAGAGGAGCUCCAAGCCAAAGGAAACCAGGCCAAAGGAGUCCUGACUUUUAUGGAGCCAGCAACUGAGGAGCCUGAACCUGAUGACCAGUACCAUGGGAUAUACUUUGCCAUGCUGUUGGCUGGAGUGGGCUUUCUCCUGCCAUACAACAGUUUUAUCACAGAUGUGGAUUAUCUGCACCACAAAUACCCAGGGACUUCAAUUGUGUUCGACAUGAGUCUCACUUACAUCCUCGUCGCCCUGGUGGCUGUCCUCCUGAACAAUGCCCUGGUGGAGAUGUUAAGCCUGCACACCAGGAUCACUGUGGGUUACUUCUUUGCAGUGGGCCCCCUCCUGUUUGUCAGCAUCUGUGAUGUCUGGCUGCAGCUCUUCUCCCAGAGACAGGCAUAUGCCAUCAACCUGGCUGCAGUGGGUACAGUGGCCUUUGGUUGCACAGUGCAGCAAUCCAGUUUCUACGGCUACACAGGCAUGCUGCCCAAGAGAUACACCCAGGGGGUGAUGACUGGGGAGAGCACUGCGGGGGUCAUCAUCUCCCUGAGUCGCAUCUUCACCAAGCUGCUGCUGUCUGACGAGAAGGAGAACACCAUCAUUUUCUUCUUCAUCUCCAUCGGCAUGGAGCUCAUGUGUCUGCUUCUGCACGUGCUGGUGAAGCGGACCCGCUUUGUCCGCUAUUACACUGCCCGCUCCCAGGAGGGCGUGCCAGAGCUCAAGGGCAGCGCCGGGCCUGGCACCGGCUACCGAGUACACCAUGAUGUCAUUGCCGAGGAAGUACGCUUUGAGGAUCGGCAUCAUGGUCCAGGGGGGUCCCCUCAGGGCAGUGUGGUCCAUGAGGCUGAGUUGGCUGGUGGUGGGACCUAUAUGAGGUUUGAUGUCCCUAGACCCAAAUUCAAGAGGAGCUGGCCAAACUUUCGAGCCAUGAUGCUGCAGCGAUACGUUGUGUCCCGAGUGAUCUGGGCCUACAUGCUCUCCAUAGCAAUGUCCUACUUCAUCACACUGUGCCUCUUUCCUGGGCUGGAGUCAGAGAUCCGCAACUGCACUCUUGGCGAGUGGCUCCCGAUCCUCGUCAUGGCCAUAUUCAACCUCUCUGACUUUGUGGGCAAGAUCCUGGCGGCCCUACCCUAUGACUGGCGAGGGACCCACCUCCUCAUCUACUCCUGCCUACGGGUGGUCUUCAUCCCCCUCUUCAUCUUGUGUGUGUAUCCCAGUGGGAAGCCCACCUUCAGCCACCCCGCUUGGCCAUGCAUCUUCUCCCUCCUCAUGGGCAUCAGCAAUGGCUACUUCGGCAGUGUGCCCAUGAUCCUGGCUGCAGGCAAAGUGAGCCCAGAGCAGAGAGAGCUGGCAGGGAACACCAUGACGGUUUCCUACAUGACAGGACUGACUCUGGGCUCGGCCGUUGCCUACUUUGCCUACAGCCUCACCAGCACCUCUCAUAGCACGUGCUUCUACACGGAGACCUUCAAUAGCUCCUUCACUGCGGGUUACUGAGCGGCCCAGCCCUGUGUGUGCUCGUGGCUGUGGGCAGGUGUGUAGGGAGUGGAGCAUCCGGGCGGUGGCGUCUCUCUUUUUCCCUGUGUCUAAGUUCAACCCCCCAUUUUCUCGACACCACACCCUGCAAUCCCCUAGUCGAAGACAGAUCCAUCUCCCUUCACCCCUGCUCCCCACCUUCGCCUCCUCUUCUGGCCCCAAUGGGAGUGCUUGGGAAGGAGUCAGAGGAGGCUGACCUGGACGGGAGGAGAGGGGAGGCCCAAGGCUGAGGGGGCUAGGAGGCAGAGCCAGCCCCACCCCCGCCCGGGAGGAUAUGUGCGUGGGGGUGUAUGUGUGUGUGUGUACACGUGUCAGAACCUUUCCCUGAAGAUUCCUCUCGUCCUCCCUCCUGCCUCAUUGACUGAUCCCGACUCUGGACUACAACCCAGGCGGGGGGCAGAGAUGCUGGGGCCGCUGCCCAGGGAGCAGGUCAGAGGUGGAGUCCAGCAGUCUCUAGGCAACCCAAAGCCUUAUAUUCAAGCCAUGCACCCAUGUUUGGAGUCCCACACCAGGCCCAGCCUGGAGCCCACAGCCUCAGGAGUCCUUGGGACAGGGAGUGCUGGAGGAGAUCCCCCGGGGGUGGAAAGGGUAGUGAUCCCUCUAAGCAGCCAGAUCCUCCCUGACUGUAAAUGGGGUGGCCCGUAGGUCCCCCCAAGGACUUCUGGGAGAACCUUUCUCAGGCUGGGUCUGGUGACUCCUGUCCUGCUCCCACCAAAGGCGCCCCUGACUCUAUUCUUACCCCCUCCAUAUUACUCUUCCUUAGACCAAAAGGAUUCAGCUGAGGGAGACCUGGACUCAUUAGUUUAGUCCAGGGCUGCCUUCUUCCUGGCAAGGUUCUGGGGGGGGGGGGGUAGAAGGAACCCUGAUCAUCUUUGUCUACCUGUCUACUCCCCUGCCUACCUGUUCUGGAACCCUGUGCCUCCUGCUGUCUUGUGAGGGGGCUGUCCACAGAUGAGAGAGCUCCGGAACAGAUGCCUGGAGAGGCUGCUGCCCAAGAACGAGGGAGGGAAAGCAUGGCAGAUGGGAGACCCAACCCUGGCUCUCUAGUGCUGUUCUUAGGAGAUGCAGUGUGGUGGGGCGGGAAAGGAGUCACUGUAUACCCUUUUCUGACCACUAUGGACAGCAAGGGGUCUUGUGGCCCCUAAGGCUGUCUGUGAGAGAAGUCAGCUCUCCUCAUAGUCCAGCCAGCCCCUUCUCUUCUGACCAUGAAUGCUAUAGUGUGGCCUGGGCUUGGGCUCCCACCCUACCACCACUGUUCCCCUUCGGGGCUGGGAUAGAUACUUUUCAUCUCCCAAGAAGCAGGGUUGGGGGUGGGGAAUCUCCUUCCAUUGAACAUGAGGUGGAGUGAUGUCUGUGAGAUGAUUGUGGUCUGGUGGCAAGAGCUAGAAGGGGCCCAAAUGAGGAAACUGAGGCCAAGCAGAGUUAAAUGACUGGUGAGCAGCAAAGCUCGGGAUUCAAAACCCAGUCAUCCAACUCCAAAUCAAGUCUUGUUUCUUCGUGUUCGAGGAGUCAGGAGACAAGGUCCUGGUCCCAGCUAUCUCUGAAAUGAUGCAUGAGCUAGGUCAAGUUAUUUCCCCUCUCCACCACUCAGAACAUUUGGAGCAGAUGAAUUCUUGGGCACCCUGUAGCCUCUGACAUCUUAGGAUUCUGCUGAGAGAAGGCUGAGGAGGAGAGUAAGAAGGGAACGUUCUUAAGGGAAGGAGAAAGAAAUUCCAGCAGCCAGUACAUGAUGGAAGAUGUGAGGGAAGCAUUUGGGUCUGCUGUGAAGGGGUGCAAGGGGGCUGUCAAAGGAGAUCAGCCUAGUUUGGAGGCAUGCCUACAGAUGAGCUGUGCCUACAACUGCAGGAGAGGCAGUCUUCAUUUCUCCCACUCCUAAUUCGCAGCCUCAACUUCUCUUCCACCUCUGCAAACGCUGGCCAAAAAUUUGGCCAGGAGGUUCGGAGUAGGAGAGGGCAAUAAGAUAUUUUCCCCAGACCAUGAUGGAUUGCCCUCAAGGACAUUGGUGAUGAGAUCUUUGGCGAGUCUUCUCUGUGGAGAAAGAAUUCCAACUGAUCAUUGCUGAGCAAGUGGAGAAGAAAGAUUCCUGGCUUUUCCCCAACUCCACCCUUCUACUUCUCGGUCCUGUCCCUGAGCCCCAGAGGAAGAUGGGAGCUCCCUCUACAGCCUGCCCUCUCCCUGCAGGAUGUCCUCCAUCCUGUACCACCGAAUUUUAGUGUGUGUGUGUGUAUAUAUAUAUAUAUAUAUAUCUGUCUGUUCAUAAAAAUGUACCACUUUGACCAUUAAAAGAUUAUGUGAAAAUA